GACUUCCCUCUUUGCAUCCCUUUCUUCCUUGCAUCAUUUCUCUCCUUCCCUCUUUCCUUUCUUCUUUCUUUUCAUCCUUCUGUACUGCUUCCUUCCUUACAUCCUUUUUUGGUCCUUCUUUCCUUUCAUCCUUCCAUCCUUCCUUGCAUCAUUUCUCUCCUUCGUUCCUUCCUUCUUUCUUUCCUUUCAUCCUUCCUUCCUUUGUCCUUCCUUGCAUAAUUCCUCUCCUUCCUUCCAUCCGUCCUUUCCUUUCAUCCUUCCAUCCUUCCUUGCAGUCUUCCUUAUUUAAUAAGUUUACUUAAUAAGUUAAAAAGUUAUUUACUUCAUUCUUUGCAUCCUUCCUUUGUCCUUCCUUGCAUCAUUUCUCUCCUUCCCUCAUUCCUUCUUUCUUUUCAUCCUUCUGUACUGCUUCCUUCCUUGCAUCCUCUUUUGUCCUUCUUUCAUUCCAUCCUUCCUUUCUUCUAUCCUUCCUUCCUUCUUCCACCUACUAUCUCUCCUUCCUUCAUUCUAUCUUUCCUUCCUUCCUUCCAUCCUUAUUUCUUUCCUUCUUUGCAUCCUUCCUUUGUCCUUCCUUCUAUCCUUCCUUCCAUCGUCUCUCUCUCUCCCUUCCUUCCUUCCUUUCUUCCUUCUUUCCUUCCUUCCUCCUUCUGCCUAUUAUGUCUCUCCUUCCUUCAUUCUAUCUUUCCUUCCUUCCUUCCUUCCUUCCAUCCUUAUUUCUUUCCUUCUUUGCAUCCUUCCUUUGUCUUUCCUUCCAUCCUUCCUUCCAUCAUCUCUCUCCUUCCAUCCUUUCUUCCUUCCUUCCAUCCGCCUAUUAUGUCUCUCCUUCCUUCAUUCUAUCUUUCCUUCCUUCCUUCCAUCCAUCCAUCCUUAUUUCUUUCCUUCUUUGCAUCCUUCCUUCCAUCCUAUCUCUCUCCUUCCUUCCUUCCUUCCAUCCAUCCAUCAUAUCUCUUUCCUUCCUUUCUUCCAUCCUUCCUUCCUUCCUUCUUCGCAUCCUUCCUUUGUCCUUCCUUCCAUUCUUCCAUCAUCUCUCUCUUUUUCCUUCCUUCCUUCCUUCCUUCCUUCCUUCCUUCCUUCCUUCCUUCCUUCCUUCCUUCUGUAUUUAUUUAUUUAUUUGGGACCUGUCUAUUAUCGUCUUUCUCAACGGGAUACCACGACUUGACUGGAGGUCUGAUUUCUUGACAGCCAUCAUUAAAACAUCCCAAUAGAUGCAGAUCCCCCUGAGCUGGUCCUUGUUGGGCGUGAAACGGUCCGAAAUGCUUCCUCCUCGGGAGGGAGAAUCCCAAAGGGCCAGGCCUGGCCUACCAGUGAGAGGCCCUGGGCCAAGGCCUGGGCAAGACCCUCCCUCCCUCCCUCCUCCGCGUGGUGCGCCCGUCUUUGCCUUCCCCGCUGAUUCCCAAUGACUCUGGAGCAGGGAGCGCCGUGUGUGUGUGAGAACGCGUGAACGAGUUAUUUAUUGCACUGGAGGGAGGAAACAAUGGGGCUAAAAUUAGCCGGCUUUUGAGUCAGCCCGGACGGAAAUAAAACCACUUGUCAAACGACAAUUGCUUCCUUCCUUGCCUUCCUUCCUUGCCUUCGUCCUAAUGAGGCUCCUUCCCUGCCGGGAAGAUGCGUGUGCUCGCUCCGGGAUGCGUGUCCGGCUCCGUGGGGUCCCGGCUGGAGACCCAUGGAUCACACGCUCUGGAGGCUGCAAGGACGACGCACGGGAUCCCGGUCGGAAGGGACCCCCAAAGGACACCCAGCCUCCGUGCAGGAAAAGCACCACCAGAUCCCUCCCAAAAGAGGGACAUCCAGCCUCUCAAUCACAAUCAUAAUCAUAGCAAUAAUGCAACAAGAGUAUCCCAGAGUUGGAAAGGACUCCCAAAGGCCAUCCAGAAAAAGCACCAUCCGAUCCUUCCCAACAAAUGGACAUCCAGCCUCUAAAUAAUAAUAAUAAUACACCCCAACAGCCUCUAAAUAAUAAUAAUACACCCCAACAGCCUCUAAAUAAUAAUAAUAAUAACAACAACAAUUGUAUCCCAGAGUCAGAAGAGACCCCCAAGCACCAUUUGAACCUUCCCAACAGAUGGAUGUCCAACCUCUAAAUAAUAAUAAUAAUAGAACUAUACAAUCCUAGAGUUAGAAGGGAUCGAGUCCAACACCUUUUUGCCUUCGUGUAGGAAAAGCAACACCCGAUCCCUCCCGACAGAAGGACAUCCAGCCUCUCCACAAUAAUCAUAAUCAUAACAAGAACACCAAUGCAACCAUCGUAUCCCAGAGUCGGAAGGGACCCCCAAAGGGCAUCCAGCCUCCGUGCAGGAAGAGCAGCACCCGAUCCCUCCCGACAGAUGGACAUCCAGCUUCUAAAUCAUAAUCAUAACAUAACAACAACAAUGCAAAAACAGCAGGAGAAGGGGGAGCGGACCCCCAAGAGCCCCCCUCCCUCGCCAUCAGCAUCACCAGCCACGUGACCUGCUCUUCCGACGCAGCAUCCCUCCCUCCCUCCCUCCUUUCCUUCCCUCCUUCCCUCUUUCCUUCCUUCCUUCCUUCCUUCCUCCCCGGCCGGUCUCCCAGAUGGCUGUGGGGGAAGCAGCAGUGGGACCAGGCUGAGCCUUCCUCCCUCCUCCUCCUCCUCUUCCUCCAGGUGCGAGGAUGCCGGAGCAGAGCAACGACUACCGGGUGGUGGUCUUUGGGGCCGGCGGGGUGGGCAAGAGCUCGCUGGUGCUGCGCUUCGUGAAGGGCACCUUCCGCGACACCUACAUCCCCACCAUCGAGGACACCUACCGGCAGGUGAUCAGCUGCGACAAGAGCGUCUGCACGCUGCAGAUCACGGACACCACGGGCAGCCACCAGUUCCCGGCCAUGCAGCGCCUCUCCAUCUCCAAGGGGCACGCCUUCGUGCUGGUCUUCUCCGUCACCAGCCGGCAGUCGCUGGAGGAGCUGCGGCCCAUCCGCCAGCAGAUCCUGCAGAUCAAGGGCAGCGUGGAGAGCAUCCCCAUCAUGCUGGUGGGCAACAAGUGCGACGAGACCCAGCGCGAGGUCCAGGCCGCCGAGGGCCAGGCCGUGGCCCAGGAGUGGAAGUGCGCCUUCAUGGAGACCUCCGCCAAGAUGAACUACAACGUCAAGGAGCUCUUCCAGGAGUUGCUCAGCCUCGAGAAGCGCCGCAACAUGAGCCUCAACAUUGACGGAAAGCGCUCCAGCAAGCAGAAGCGGACGGACAAAAUCAAGGGCAAGUGCAGCCUCAUGUGAGGAGGAGUAGGGGGAGGGGGAGGAGGAAGGCCGAGGGUCGCCCUCCGUGGACCACACUCGCCUCCUCGUUGGUGUCCGAGAUCUGCUCCGUUCCCCGUCAUCUUCCUCCUUCACAUCCUCCCAAAGACUCUCCCAACGGCGAACGCG